GCCAGGCUUCUCCACACCAGCUCGUGGAAUCCCCCCGCCCUGAGAGUAACUCCACUUCCUUUGUUCCAGGCUUAGUUCUCUUUCCUUCUCUUAACCCUCCCACCCUGAUUCGGUGUCUGCGGCCAGUAUCCGGCCAGCCAGCCAGUGUUGCCUGUUACACCUGCGCAGCCUCAGCUUAUGCUUUAGAAAAGAUCUUUAAUACUCCUGAUCAUCUCUCAACAUUAGUAAGCUCUUCUCUAGGGUGUCCCCUUCAAAGUUUCACCUUACAGAGCGAGAGGGAAAAGUAAGGCGGUCUUGAAUUUCGUUAGAGGCCUUUCGUCUUUUUUUUUCAACCAGAGAGCAAAGAAAUGUGUUCUUGUAUUCUUUGCCGCUGUACUUUUAGCAAAUCGGGCUUCUGAACGUUGGUCUCUAGCAACUCUUUGUUCUCUGUGAGUUUUUGCAUCCUGUCAGGGAAUUCUUAGUUACUUCUACUAUGUAGUGGGAACUGCUACAAGUCUUUGAAGUUGAUGUGUAAAAUCACGUUCCAGAGAAGCGGUUCAGCAAGUGACUGUAACCAGGAUCCUACCGCAGGUUGAACUUUUUAGCGGUCUGCCUUGAAAUUCACUUGCAGAUAGAAGAUAAAAACUGACCCCAAAAUGUUCACAAUCAGGCAGUGUGCUUCCAUAGCUAGGUAAAGAAUAAGGUAGUAGUGCUUUUUAGUUCAGAGUGGUGGUGACAGUGUAAAAGGAACGUGGUGGCCAGGUCCUUGUUAGCUGCAAAUUUAGAAUGGCAUCUCCUAAUGUAACUGGAGAUUUUAUUUCUAGUUAAGUUUUAUUAAGCUAUAACAGUAAUUGCCCACCUAGCUGUUGAAAUUUUUUUUUGUCCUGAUGCAGAUAGUCACAACCUUAGAAAAAAGUAUUUAUGGGACUAGCACACAUUACUUAUUUGCCUUCAAGAUACUGCUUUAGGCAGACACUUUGGUGUGGGUGUAGAAAGGAACUUUUGUUUAUGAUUAUUCCCUGUUAGACAUACACAUGACAGUCAUUUACACAAUGCAGUUUGUAUGUUGAUUAAGUUGUGAAACUAGACUUUAUAGUUGCAGUGUGAUUUACCUUAAAUGCUGAAGACAGUUUGGAUUAAUGCUUAAGUAGACUUUCUUUGAUGAGUUAAGAAAUGAACAUUAAGAGCAGAAGUCGUCAUCAGCUAAGCUCAGAGCAAAAGAAUUUGCCACACUUAAAGGUUAUUUCUUGAAAAGAUUAAUAAAGGGAGUUAGGAAUGCAGCCAGGUUGAAAGAGUGCUUGUCUAGCAGUCAGGAAGCCCCAGAUUUGAUCCCAGCAACUUAUAAAACCUGACCUGGUGGCUCACAGCUGCAAUCCCAGCACUCUGGAGGUAGAGGCAGGAUGAUCAAGAAUUUCAUCUUCCUUAGCUGCAUAUCCUGUUAAAGGCCAGCCUGUGAUAUGUGAGACCCUGUCACAAAACAAAACAAAAAGGCUAGGAAGCUAAGACCUGUUAAAGAUUGGUCAAGGGGAAAAGUUGCAAAUAAAUGAAAAAUAAAAAUAGAAUAUUAGAUUUUAUUAUAUGGUAAUAAAUUUGAAAAGGUAAAUGAAAUAUAUGAUAGUUAGGGAACUAUUAACUCAGAAGUUAUCUAAGUUAUCUAAGCAUGGAUGGACUAAGCUGAGACUAGUAGUAGUGCUAGUAGUGAUGAAGACUUUCCCUUUCAAAUCUCUUGGUCCAGAUAUUCUUGUAUACAAGCUCCAUUUCAUUUCCAUAACCUUUUCUUUUUAUAAAUUCUGGAAUGUAGGGCACAGAAGCAAGACAAAACUAAAACCCCAAGUCCAUUUUAUAGGUUUAGUGAAAUAUUGAUUUAAAACUAGGUAAGAUUAUAGUUGUGUUAACACCUGUUAGCAUAGAAAUGAAAAUCCUGUAUACUAUUAGCUCAUCAGAUCUAACUAUGUCAAAAGAAUUGUGAUUCACGGUUUGUCCAAGUUUUUUUUCGAUAUAUUGCUGUGAUUUAUCUCAGUAGGUUGGAAAAAAGUCACGACUUGAUAACUUUUUUAAAUGCCAAUAUCCAGUACCUAGUUGAUAUUGUGGUACUUGAUACAAGGAUAACUUAGUAAUUCAGAGAGUGCAGGAUAACUAUUUAAAAGUCAAUACCUGUAGCUAAUAGGAAUAAUAAUGGAGACAUUUUCAGUAUAGUCACUAUAAGAUGGUAACUACCCAUGGGUGUUCCUUAACAUAAUAAGAAAAGUCCUUGUUGCUUGCAUGGUGGUUCACAUUUUUAAUUCCACCCCCCCAAAUACACACACACACACACACACACCACGAUCUUUUGAGUUCCAGGUCAGCCAAGGUAGACUCUGUCUCAAGAAAACAAACAAACAAGACCCCUGAAACAAACCCUUUAGAAUUUGGUAAUAAUUUCAUUUAUCAAGAACCACUGAAACCAAAAGAAAAACACAAUGUAGAUGGAUUGUUAGGUUGAAGACCAGCCUAGAAAAGAUAAAAUGUAUACUAGUAGCAAUGGUACCAAAAAUAGAUAUCUGUAUAAUAGUUUAACAAAUUAUAGUGUCUAUAACUGAAAUAACCUCAUAAUACACAAGACUUAAGGACAGUGUAAUUUUAAUAAGUAACUGAGGAAGAAUUCGCUAAAUGGCUUGUUUCCAUGUUCUUGAAUCAAAUUAUUAUAGGAAUGUCCCUUUUCUCCAUUUGAAUCUAGAAAUUCAAUUUAAGUACCACCAACAUUGUUUGAUUUGUUUGACAAACUCCAUUACUUUUGACACAGUGCUGGCUGCUCUUGUAGCCUGACAGAGGUGGGCAGUAGUGGGUUCUGCUGUCUUUUAUUUACAUGUGCCUCUGCCGCUGUCAGGUGAUUUCUGGUCUGUCUUAUGAGACUUCAGAUCUGCUACUUGCUCUUGGGUUGUUGGUGUUGCUGAGUUUAAAGACAUCCUUGUGAACUUUGGGCAUGCAUUCGGAAUGUCCUCUCCCUGUGGUUUGUAUUUUUCUUGGUGUUUUUCUGAAGAGAAGAUGCUUUUAGCUUCAAUGUUAAUUGAUUUUUAUCAGUCUUUUUCUUCUAUGGCCUGUUUGUUUGUUUGUUUUGUAUCCUGAGAAAUACUUGUGUAACUCAAAGUCAAAAUUUUUCUUAUAUCUUUUUUACUUGCCUGAUGUGAUUGCUUUCUUGGAGGCCUAUGUUCUCCCUUUUUAGUUCUUUCUGAGGUGGUUCAUCUCAGCUGUUCUGGCUCAAGCUCUUCUAGCUAACUGAUUCAAUCUAGCUUUUCUCAGCUUUUCACUGAAUUGCUCUGCUUGACUUGAAAGUGGUAUUUUAAUCCUCUGGCUCCUCCUUAUUCUCUGGCUUCACCUGCCUCUGCUGACCUGCUCUGAACUGCAUGGACUCAUGAACAAACUCAGCUCUCCUGAACUGAACCUAACUGACUGAACAAAACUGACUGACUGGAACUAGAGACCCGAAUGCCUACCUGUUUCCUGAGUGCUGGAUGGCAGUAUUAUCAUUCCCAGACCUAAGUAAUGAAUGUUAUAACAAUUGAAGAUUAUAAGAGCACAUACUGGCCAAAAUUAGAUGGUGCCAUAGAUCAACUUUUAACCCAGAGUCCUGGUGACUAUAUACCUAUAUCCUAUGAACAGAUUUACAGUUGUGUGUAUAAGUGUGUGUGCCAGCAGCACUCAGAACAGAUGUACAGUGAUCUGAUUAAAAAAAUAACCAGCCACUUAGAGCGAGUCUCCAAGGAGCUGCAGGCCAGCCCUCCAGACCUCUAUAUUGAAAGAUUUAAUAUAGCUCUGGGACAGUAUAUGGGAGCAUUGCAGAGCAUCGUGCCUCUUUUCAUAUAUAUGAAUAAGUUUUACAUAGAAACUAAGCUUAACAGAGACUUAAAAGAUGACCUUAUAAAACUGUUUACGGAACAUGUUGCAGAGAAGCACAUUUACAGCCUAAUGCCUUUACUUUUAGAAGCCCAGUCAACACCAUUUCAGGUCACACCUUCAACUAUGGCAAAUAUUGUGAAAGGCCUGUACACUCUCAGACCAGAAUGGGUUCAGAUGGCUCCGACAUUGUUUUCUAAGUUUAUUCCAAACAUUCUUCCCCCGGCUGUGGAAUCUGAACUUUCUGAGUACGCUGCCCAAGAUCAAAAGCUUCAAAGAGAACUUAUACAGAACGGUUUUACCAGAGGUGAUCAGUCCCGGAAGAGAGCUGGAGAUGAGUUGGCUUAUAACAGUCCAUCUGCUUGUGCAAGUUCCAGGGGGUAUAGAUAGUGACGGUUGAACUAUGUUUCUCCCAAGAGAAGACACACUGGAGCUACAGAAACUGUUCCAGGCACAGUGAGGCCUGCACCACUCAGGAGCUCUGUCAAAGGCUGUUCUCAGAGAGGAUACCGGACUUCUUUCUUUGAUUUUUCAGUUUUUAAAAACAAGAACUAACAAAAACAAUUGCUGCUAGACUGGGGGGUGAUUAUGAAAUGGGACAAUCUUUUAUCUACAGAGCAAGUGUCUUGGAGAGUGGCCGUUGAUAAAGUGAAGCUCAAUGUUUGAAUCAGCUUCCUCCAGAAAUACAAGAACGAAAGAAUCUUUUUGUUUUGUUUUGUUUUGUUUUGUUUUUUUUAAAAGCACUCAUCUUGUUCAUUUGUGGACUUGGAACAUGGUGUCUCAUGUCAAGAUAUCUUUGCUUAAAACCAAGCAGAUGUUAUAAUACAGUGUUUUCACCCAUGCCCCAAACAAUCUGUUUUAAAUUCAGAUUGGUCUGUGUUUAGCAGUUAGCCUUGUGGAGGAAAAUGCUAAUAACUGCUUUUACUAUUUCUUUCCCUAUUAAUUCCCGUUUUCAACUGUGUGCCUUGAGCUUUGUGCACUUUGCAGCUAUGUGACCAUGUCAUCAAUCUCACGAUGCUUCCUGAAGAAGUUGAUGUCUCAGACCGGCUCACCAAAGCCUCUGGUAUGGCUUUGUGUUUGUAGCAGAACCUGAUUGAGAAAAUGGAAGCACUUGAGGCUGGUCAGAAUUUACCCUGCUGUCCCAGCUCUCAUGGGGACCAACUCUUACUGAGUGGUUUCCAUUCUGCUACUGCCUCACCCGAUAUCAGCCUCGAGUGGAGUGGAGCCCUGUUUUCAGGCUAUGAUACUGUAGAGACUGCCAACAGUGGGAGCUACUCCCUGGAUCCCUCUUGGGCCGAGUAGUUUUUAAAGCCAAAUAUGGUGAAUAGUUCUUGGCCCAUCUCAUUUUAAUGGGUGCGUUUAAUACAUAUAAAAGGUCAGCUCCACUCUGUAUCUUGUAAACAUCAUGUUUGAUAUUUGAAUGCACCAGGGAGAGUGUGCUGUUUGAAGGCUCCGGUAAAGCUAUAUUACCUGUUUUGCUACACCAACAGUGCAACAAAACAACAGUUCUUCGCAAAAGUCUGAAGCUUAUUUAGUUGUGUCUCAAUAAUAAACAAAACUAGACAUGGCAAGGGAAAAGUAUUUUCCUUCUCAGUUUUGCUUGAAUGUGAAGUGAGCGUUGGCUUUGUGCUACCAGGCUCCAUCUGACAGUGAUGCUGACCAUUCAGAGAAUGCCUCCCCCCAAGCUACUGCUACCAUCUCAGUGGGCAGCAGAGUUAGAAAUGGAAUACCAGGGACAAGAACAUUACCCAGUAGCAGUCCUGUGUUUGUAAACAAUGUUCCAGGGGAAGAACAGUUAAAAGCUGAUAGCUUGAAUCUUUCAGGUACUUGUCUGCAGUUGGUAGAAUUUAUGGGGGGGGGGGGGUUAAUUGGCUUCAUUCCAUUUGGGUUAUAUUGAAGAAUCUGAGUAGGGACAAGUGGACUCAUACUAUGGUCUGUACAGCCUUUUCUGCUCUAAUGUCGAGGGGAAAGUUUUCAUUUUAUCAAAAAGCCCAGUUUACUUUUCUGAUGGAAUGCUCACCACAGAGUUGUAAAUAUCAUUUUGAACUGGUUUCUUCUACACAGCUUUAAUAUUUUUGACAAUAGUAAAGUUGGAACACUUCUUGAAACAUAAUAGGUUAGUGGUUCCGUGUCUUAAUUAUACCCUCCCCCCCCCCCAGGAGAGAGUGCUCUUCUUUUUCUCUAAAAGAAUUUUGCCUAUAUAAAAGCAUUAUAUUAAAUAAAUUGGCAUUAACGUGGGUGCUGUUGUGUUAGUAAAUUAAUGGAGAAACAGUCAUACUAAUUCUGUGUUAGCACAAAAUAGGCAGGGAAAACCUGUGAAGUUCUUGUUCUCUGAGUCAGAGCUGGGUGGGUACCACUGUGCUGGUACUGAAAGGCGUGGGGCAGGAAAGUGAGUGUGCUGCUGAUGGAUUCGUCCUGGUAACCAGUAAGUUAAGCAAGGCUUUACAGUUUGUAAAACUUCAGCUGAAAUGGACACUUCUUGUUAACUGAAAUCUCUACAGGAGUCUUAGUCGCCAACUAUGAGGAAAUAAAAUCUGUUCACUCUCAUUUUGUAUUUCCUGAAAGUAUUUUCAUGUGUACUUGUGGUCUUGCAAGUACAGUUUUUCUAUCCCUGCUGAGGACCGCUUUCUCAAUCAGAUCCUUAAAGCUCAAAUUUUGUGUAGCUCAGUUAGUCACUGAAAUACAGUUGAUUUGGCUAAAGGGCAAAUGUGUACAUUUGCCUAAAAGGCCUUUAAAAAAUUAAAAGCCAGGAGGGUUAUCUUCAAGUAAUGGUUUGAAAGAAUAAACAGAUGAUGGUGUUGAGAGACAAUGCUCAUUUUAAAAGUUGACCUUACACUUGGGUCACCAUGUUAUCUACUGACCUGCUGUCAUAACUGCAUUCUGACCUGGCAGGAAUUAUUUUCUUGGGGGCCAGAAAGUAAAAUUUAGUGGUCUGACUUGCCUAAUAGUUCCUAGGCAGGGUUGUUCACUUACAUGCGCAAUUAGUAAUGAUUGUGCAUUACUAAAAUUUCUCAAGGUCUUUUAUUACAAGUCACUCAUUCCCCUUUUUGCUAGUGUGAAGUUGGUUUGUAUGUAUGUAGGUGAGACUGCAGAGGAAUGGAUGUCCCUGGUCAUGACAUGACACUGUGUAUGUCUCUAGAGCCCAGUUUUGUCUAGCUGCUGCCCUCUUGUCGUUUACUUUCUGUCAGGUUGCAAAUUUGCACACAUGAAUGAUCCCUCAGGAACAGUUUGCACACUCCUCACCUCAGUAUACUCUGUAUAGACCAAACAGCAUUAAAGGUUAUCAGCACAAGAGGCUUCCUACACCUACUAGCAGAGGCCAUGGUGAGCUUGCAGACAAAACUGGUUUCUGCAGGUAAUGGGAAGAGGAGCACAUACAGAGUUUGUUUAAGUGACCUCCCACUUCUCCCUAUAACCAGAGUAAGAAACCUUCCAGAUUUUGUUGGCUUAUUAGAACUAUGGUUUUUUGUUUGUUUUUGUUUUUUUCUUCUUUUCUGCUUCCCCUCUCUCACAGUAAUUAUUUCUAUGGUUAGUAUGUAGGGGAAUUGCCCUUGAGCUAAGAUUCAACUGUUCAUUAAGCAGCUAUCAUUAAACUAAGCAUUAUGCAAUGAAUAUGCACUAAUCUGAGAUAAGAAACAACUAAAAAAGAAAAAAACAAACCGUGCAUUAGCUAUUCAUCUGUUAGAGUUUGUUUUUUAAUGGUAUAUUCUUGAGCUUUUAGCUUGGAAUAUUGUUUGCUUUUAUCCAAGUAUAGGUUUCUUAGGGGGAUGUUAAAAUUCAAGGUUGGAAUGUGACACCCUUAACUGACAUCUGAAGUAUCAACUUUUUCUGUUGAUGACUGCUUUUAGUAUAAUACUGUGCAAAAUGUUCAUUUUUACCAGAAUUUCAAGCAGAAAUCAUAGGGAAAUCUUAGAGAAAUGGCUCUGUUGUGCUUUUAUUACCACAUGGAAAUUUUCCUUGGCUUCUGACCCCAAGAAUAUUUGGAAGGAGGUGUUUGUUCUUUCCCAAAGGAAAUGCUCCCUCUCUGGUCCCCUGCUGCUUAGCUGCAGUCACUGCCUCAUCCCUCCUGCACUAUUGAAGACCUUAAACCUCCUUCCAGAGUCAGUGAUGGGUCUGCCCCCUUCGUGCAGGACCAAUCUCUCUGCCUUGAAGAUCUUUUAGGCUUGGUCUGCUGGAUUACACCUCUUGGAAGGUUGUCAGCAUGGCUCUUGGGUUAAGAGUUGAGUGACUUGUAAAACAAAACAAAACAAAACCCUUUGUAUUGAUUGUGACUACUAAACUCAGUAAGACUGGGUGUUCUCCUCAAGGUGGUGAUGCUGUUGGUUCUUUUUAGUCUUAUAUGUUAAUGUUACAGCCAUGGAUAUUCAGAGAAAUUAUUUGAACAUCAAGUCCUGGGAAAUUGGCUCAAAUAAAUGCUUAUACAAAAUUUGGAGAUCAUGUGCAGGCUAAAGGAGUUUGCCACCCACCAGCAUAGCAGAGCAAAUGAAGCAUUGCUGUCUUUUUUCCUGACAUUUGUCAUCUGGCACUGUCCUUUACUACUUAUUUGCUGAACGUGACUAAAGCGCUUCCUGAGCUGGGGUACAAAGCUGCUGGCCUGGGCUCUCUCCUUAUAAACAUAUGGUAGAUUUUGAAUCGCUCCUCUGUAUUAGUUGUAUAUUCUCACUCUAAAGUAUUGUGGUUAAUGAAAAAUAAAUCUUGUACAGAUGUCAUUAAACUUGCUUUUUAAGUUUU